CUUCAAUUCCUUAAAGAAUCUGACUUCAACUAUGGAAUAUACACCAUACUAUAAGAAGAUUAAUAACUCUAAAACUCAACUAAUUGGCCUUACUUCUGGGAAUCUUUCGUCACUAUUCUGGAAAAUGCACAACAAAUCUCGUCUUUUCUAAGCACUCAUCAACAAAACGUGUAAUCCCAUAAACAUAUUUUGAUCUGAGAAAUAAUGGCACAAAUUGGUAGAUUGUUGUUUGAGAGUAAUAUGAAUUCACAACGUGAAGAUGUUUUGAGUGCAAUUGUUCCAUUGUUGAAGCUAUUAAGCCUUACAAUGAUUGGAUUAGUGCUUUCGCGCUUCGAAAUGAUUCCGAGAGCAACGUUUAAGCUGCUUAGCAAGCUUGUUUUUGCAUUGUUCUUGCCUUGUUUGAUUUUUACUCAUCUUGGCGAAUCGAUUACUCUCGAAAAUUUCAUUCAAUGGUGGUUUAUACCAGUGAAUGUGGUGGUUAGUACCCUUUUUGGGUGUUUGUUAGGAUAUGUGGUGGUUCUUAUAUGCCGGCCGCCACCGGAAUUUAACAGAUUUACAAUAAUUAUGACUGGGUUUGGGAAUACAGGGAACCUGCCUCUUGCAAUUGUGAGUUCUGUUUGUCAUAGCUCGGAUAAUCCGUUUGGGCCGGAUUGUCAUCGGAAAGGGGUAGCUUAUGUGUCGUUUGCGCAAUGGGUUGCUGUGAUUUUUGUGUACACACUUGUUUACCAUAUGAUGGAGCCUCCAAUGGAGUAUUAUGAGAUUGUCCAAGAAGGUGCUGAAAUUCAGGAAGAGGGAACUGAGGAUGUUAGUGCACCGCUUCUAGUGGAAGCAGAGUGGCCCGGAAUUGAGGACAAAGAAACGGAACAUUCUAAGACCCCUUUCAUAGCAAGGGUGUUUAAUAGCAUCUCGAGUCUUUCAAGUUUGCCCGAUAUGGAUUCCAGAGACGGAGCAAUCUCAAGAGGCAAUACACCCAUGUCAGUUACAUGUUUUGCUGGUCCAAAUAAAGUAGCUAGAAAGAUCAAAGUUGUUGCUGAGCAAACUCCCAUUCAGCACAUACUCCAACCGCCUACCAUUGCUUCAUUGUUAGCUAUAGUUAUCGGAAUAGUACCUCAUCUUAAAGAGCUUGUAUAUGGUGAUGAUGUCCCACUGGCAUUUGUUACUGACAGUCUACAAAUUGUGGCAGGUGCUACAAUCCCAGCAGUGAUGCUUAUUCUUGGAGGCAUGCUUGCUGAGGGGCCAAAUGAAUCUACCCUUGGACUUCGUACAACGAUUGGUAUCAUAGUGGCACGACUCCUGGUUCUUCCUUUGGUUGGAAUUGGUGUGGUAGUGCUGGCUAAUAAACUGAACAUAGUAGUUGCAGGUGAUCAAAUGUACAUGUUUGUGCUAUUUUUGCAAUAUACGACUCCAAGUGCCAUCUUACUCGGGGCAAUUGCUAGCUUGCGGGGUUAUGGUGUUAGAGAGGCUUCAGCACUUCUGUUUUGGCAGCACGUUCUGGCUCUAGCAUCCCUUUCUCUGUACAUUGUAGUUUACUUUAAAUUGAUGUCAUUCAUUUAGAAUUGUUUUUUUGCCUUUACUUACUUUUUUCUUCAACAGUAUAUUUCAAGAAAUGUGUGCAAGUGUUGCCAUCGGUUUCAUGGCAUAGCUAUCUCAUACAAGGUUUUUUUUUUUUUUUUUUUUUUUUUUUUUUUUUUUUUUUUUUUUUUUUUUUUUUUGGUUAAUAGCUCAUAACCCUGUAGAAUUUAUUAUACCAAUGUCAUCUUUUCUUUUUCAUCUGUAUGUUUCGCUUUCUUGCUAGAUUUAAUCAGUCUUUAACUGUC